AUGUCAUUAAUUUCAUCACCAUUUUAUAUUGGAUCAAAUGAUAAACAUACAACGAUUUCAUUUCAUGAUAAAGUAACAACAUUACCAAGAAUUGAACAUCCAUCAAAAUUUAUUAAUAAUGAUGAUAAAUAUUCAUUAGAUAUUCGAGGAAAAUCCUCCGAAUAUAAUCGAUCAUCAUCAACUGCUCAAAAUUAUUCGAAUGGUGAAGAUAUACCAGAGAAUAUUAAUGUUAUUUAUGGAUUAGAUAGAGACAAAGUUCGUUUACCGAUUUUUGGUCGUCGCCCAUCAAGUAUCUCAUCAACAACAUCUUCGAUUGAAAGAAGAAAAUCAAGUUCAGUAAAUGGAACUUUUGAUGUCAAUGAACUUGAAUCAAUCUUAAAAGAAAAAGUUCGUUUACAAUUAAAUGAUAUUCGAACAAAAUUUCGUCAUUCAAUUGAUUUUGAUAAUAAUGGAAAAAUCUCUUAUCAAGCAUUAAAACAUAUUAUUGCUUCUAUAUUUGGUGUUCAAAGACAAAUUUCACCGAAUCAAAUUGAUAAAUUAUUAGAAAAACUUCAUUUAAAAAAUUUAACUAAAAUAAGUUUCGAUGAAUUUGUUAAUUCAUUUUCAUUUAAUGAAGAAAGAAGUCAAUCAGCAUUAAAAAUUCGUGAAUCAUCAUCUCAACCUUAUUUUACAAAACGAACAGCUGCACAAAUGUUUCUUAUUCUUAAAGAAAAAGCUCGUACUAAAAAUAAAGAAUUAAUUCAUUUUUGUCCAUUAUUAGAUGGUGGUCCAUCUUCGAAAAUCUUUAAAAGUCAAUUAUGUAAUAUUAUUGUUGAUAUGGGUUAUAAAAUGAAUGACAAAGAAUUUGAUAAAUUAUGGAAUAAAUUUGAUGUUGAUGGAUUUUAUGUAAUUACUUCAGAAAUAUUUGUUCAACUUUUAACAAAUGAAGAAAAUCUCAAAGAAAAUCGAUCAACAAUAAGAAGUGAAGCACAAGAUCAACAAUCAGCUAUAUUAAAAUCAUCAUUUAUGCAAUCAUCAAUAUUCGAUUCACAAUCUGAUUUAUCUUCGACAGAUAAUUCACAGAAACUAUUUGAUCAUAAACGGAUUGAAAAAUGGUUUAAUACAAAACUUCCAAAAUGUAUUUGGGAAAUUGAAAGUGAUUUUAAAAAAUUAGAUACAACAAAUACUGGAAAUAUUACAAGUGAAGAAUUACUAAAAGAAUUAAAAGAAUUUGGAUUAUUUAUUGAAGAUUAUCUUGUUGAAUCAUUUUUAAAAUAUUUAAAUAUUCGUUUUCAAUCAAUAGAUAAAUCAAUUUCUUAUAAAGAUAUUAUCGAGAGAUUUAAAGAUAAACUUCAAAUAAUUAAUAAUCGAAUCAAAGCUUUAAAUCCAUUAUUGGAAGAAGAAGAAAUUAUUGAUGAAACAGCAUUAGAUAAACAAGUGAAAUAUGUUAUAGCACAAAAUUAUGAGAAAAUUAAAGAUAAAAUGAAUAAUUUUGAUAAAGAUCAGAAUGGAACAAUAAAUAAACAUGAAAUGAAAAUCUUAAUUGAAGAUAUUCUUGAAUUUCCUUUAAGACCUGAUGAAUAUCGACAAUUAUAUAAACAAUUUCCAGUUGAUUCAUAUGGUUCGGUUUUAUAUAAAGAUUAUUUAAAACAAAUUAAUGAUCAACCCACACCUUCACAACAACAACAACAAUCAUCAAAUCAAACAAUUCCUCAAUGGGAUUAUAUGAGAUCAAGUAAUAUUCGUGAUAGUCUCAAACAAAAUAUUCUUCAAGAUAAAAAACAAGAUAAAAAUGAAAAUAAUCAACAAAAUCCAAGAUCAAUUCAACAAUUAAAUGAAAUAGUUAAAACAAUCGUUCGAACACGUUCAAAAGAUAUUGAAGAUCAAUUUAAAAUAAUCGAUCGAAAAUCUUAUGGAGAAUUAACACAAGAUUAUUUAUUUGAAUUAUUUCAACGUCUUUCAGUUAAACCUGAAAUAACACAUAAAGAAAUUGAAUUGAUUUGGUCUCAAUGUCUUUUAAAACAAAAUAAAACUUUAGAUUUUCAUCAAUUUUUACGUCAAUUUGGCUAUUCGAAAGAAUCAGCACAUUAUCCAAAUGCAAAAGAAAAUCCUCCGAAACGAGGUGAUUCCGAUUGUUUAUUAACAUCAAAUAAAUUAUAUGGUGAUUCUAUUCUUACACAUGAAAGUACACGACAAUUUAUUAAAUCAAAUUGGAAUAAAAUUCGUCAAGAAUUUAUUCAAAUUGAUCCAUAUAAAACUGGUUUUAUUCAACAAGAAGAAUUUGAUGAAAUUUUAACUGAUGUUUGUCCAGCUAUGAAUCAACAAGAUCUUCAAAUAUUAAAAAAUAAAUUUCAAACGACAAAUGAUUCAAGAAUAAAUUAUGUUCAAUUUUUACAAUUCUAUGCUCCAAAUAUUGAACUAACGAAUGAACCUGAGAAAAUAACACGAAAAUCAUUGAUGACUAAACCUAUGGAUAAUUACAGUAGUCAAAAAUCAUUGAAUCAAUUAUCAACUAUCGAUGAUGUUUCAAUUAUACUUCGACGAAAAUUAUCUCAUUUAUAUAAACAUAUUCGACGAUCAUUUAAACGAGAUGAUGUAACGAAUUGUGGAUCUGUUUCAAUUCCAAAUUUUAAACAAAUUUUAAAUGAAUUUAAAUGUUCUUUAAAUGAUGAACAAUUUUAUUUAUUAAUAUCUCAACUUGAUACAAAUAUGAAUGGAACGAUUAAUUAUAAUUAUUUUAUGCAACAAUUUAUUAAAAAUAAAUAG